CCUUUUUACAAAAUAAAAUCAAAAUACAAACGAAAAUCUGACUACCAGUGCCAAGUGGACAGCGACGCCGUACAGCAACCCAUUCAUUCCUCGCCGUGAGUGACCAGCGCAACCCAACUAACCCCAACCCUAAUUCUCAUUUCUCCCCAAUUUUUCAUUCUCACCAAGAUUCAACCCUAAUUCCCCAAUUAAUUUUCCCCCUUUCACCCCUCGUCUCACAUAUACAAUUCCUUACCUUUUUUAAUUGUUUAAUUUUCUCUUCUUUUCUUUCUUUUCGACACCUCCGCUAGAUCAGGUUUCAACACCAUGCUUCUUUUUAUUCAGCUUUGACGAUUCCUCAACGAAUGGUUUAGUGUAAAUUUUUUUGGAAGGUAGCUAUCUGUUAAAAGCAUGAGUAGCAGUGACGUAGAUAAAACCUUAAAAGAAAAGGAGCCUAAGACGCCUCCAGUGGCUACAUCACAGGAGCAGUCUUCAACGGCAACUGGUACUCCGGCAGUUAAUCCCGAAUGGGCUAAUUAUCAGGCAUAUUCUCCUAUACCUCCGCCUGGAUACAUGGCAUCAAGUCCCCAAGGCCACCCAUAUAUGUGGGGUGUUCAGCAUAUUAUGCCUCCCUAUGGCACCCCACCACAUCCUUAUGUUGCAAUGUAUCCUCCCCAUGGUGGCAUAUAUGCUCAUCCAUCAAUGCCUCCGGGGUCUUAUCCUUUUAGUCCUUAUGCCAUGCCUUCUCCAAAUGGUAUGGUGGAUGCUUCAGGAAAUACUCCAGGAAGCAGUGAAGCUGAUGGUAAACCUCAGGAGGUGAAGGAAAAGUUACCAAUCAAAAGAUCAAAAGGAAGUUUGGGUAGUUUGAAUAUGGUUACAGGAAAAAAUAAUGAACUCGGUAAACCACCAGGGGCAUCGACCAAUGGAAUUCAUUCCAAAAGUGGUGAGAGUGCAAGUGAAGGUACUAGUGAAGGAAGCGAUGAAAACUCCCACAAUGUUUUGCAGGAUUCUCAAUUGAAAUCCGGGGAGAGACAGGAUUCUUUUGAAGAUGAGCCGUCUCAAAAUGGAAGUUCAGCACAUGCUCCUCAAAAUGGAGUACUUAAUACACCUCAUACAGUUGUUAACCAGACUAUGUCUGUCGUGCCUAUGUCUGUUGCCGGUCCUCUCGCAGCAGUUCCUGGUCCCACUACUAAUUUAAAUAUAGGAAUGGAUUACUGGGGAACACCAACUUCAUCCACCAUUCCUGCAAUGCAUGGAAAGGUACCUUCUAGUGCAGUUGCUGGAGGGAUGGUUAAUGCUGGGCCUAGAGAUGGUGUUCAUUCACAACCUUGGCUACAGGAUGAAAGGGAGCUUAAAAGACAAAGGCGGAAGCAGUCUAAUAGGGAAUCUGCACGUAGAUCCAGGUUGCGAAAGCAGGCUGAAUGUGAUGAAUUAGCUCAGCGUGCUGAUGUGUUGAGUGAAGAAAAUGCCUCUCUCCGUGCUGAACUAAGCCGGAUCAAGAGUGAGCACGCGAAAGCACUUGCUGAGAAUGCAGCCCUCAAGGCGAAACAGGGGGAGAUACCGAGGAACGAGGAUAUAGUGCCGGGCCAGAAUGAUCAGCAUGUGGGUGGAGACACUAAACAAAGUGGUCAGAGUUAGACAGAGGCUGUGCAGGGUGUUCAUUAGGAUCUAGUUUCCUCCUUGAUGUUGCUUUUCAGGAAGAUAACCUAACCAAAUAGCAACAAGUUAUUGUUUUUGGAUAGCUUCUAGUUAAAAUUAUAUCAAAGUCGAUCGAUCAUAUGUAAUAUUAGGACCGGUUUAUCCUAUAUGAUCCCUCAUUCGUAACUUAUCUUGCUUUUGACAGCAAAACCCAACCUGGAUUGUAGAUUCAUCCCUUAUCUGCCGUUUCAAA